AUGUCACUGGCCGCCCUCUCCGCCUUCCCCCCAACCUCACCAACAACCCCACCCGUAACCCUCACCCCCUCCAUAACAAUCGAAGACGUCUUCUCCGCCGUCCAAUCCGGCACCGCAUACCGCGGCGUCGUGCCCUUUGAAAACAGCUCAAACGGCAGCGUAGUCUUCACCCUCGACCUCUUCGCCGACCUAAAUAACAAGUAUCCCGAUAUUCUUGUUACGGGAGAGGCGUAUGUAGCUGUUAAGCACUGUUUAUUGGGGUAUUCGAAUGCUUCAAGUACUGGCGAAAGAGAUGGAGAUGGAAGAGAUGGAGAUGGAAGAGAUGGAGAUGGGAGGGAUGGAAGAGAUGGAACCGACUUCUCGCACAUCAAGAAGCUGUAUUCACACCCCCAGGCCUGGGGCCAGUGCAAGAACUUUCUGGCCAAGUACCUCAAGACGGCUGAGAGGCACGACGUGAGUUCCACGAGCAAAGCCGCGGAAAUCGCGAGUCAAGAUAAAACCGGCGAGUCCGCCGCCUUGUCUAGUGAAAUCGCCGCAGAGCUCUUCGGACUGGACGUCCUUGCCAGGGAGAUCAACGAUAAAAAGGGGAAUAGCACGAGAUUCUUCGUCAUACGCCAGAAAAACGAUGAUGCCAUGCCAUCUACAACCACACCCACACCCACACCCACAACUCCAACUCCACCGCCACCGCCAUCACCCAGCUCUAACAACGCAAACACCUGGAAAUCACUCAUCACCUUCACCAUCGAGCACUCCAAUCCUGGUGCGCUGGCGAAUUGUCUGACGGUGUUUUCACGUCAUGGGAUUAAUCUGACGAGUAUAAAUACGAGGCCGAGUGGAGUGCGGAAUUGGCAUUAUGUUUUCUUUGUCGAGUUCAAGGGGAGGAAGACGGAUGGUGGUGGUGGGGAAGACGGGGAUGGGGAUGUGGAUCAAGCGCUGGGAGAGCUGGAUAAGGUGUGUAGGGGGUGGAGGUGGUUGGGGAGUUGGGAGAAUAGGCUUGUGGAUGAGGGGGAGACAGGGGGAGAGUGA